UAACUGCGAGACUUGGAAUCUCCCAAAAUUUUGUCCGGGCCAAAGAGCGACAUCCGAUGGGGAGGGAUCGACACUCGGAGAUGCGCGGGUCAAGGUAAAAAAAAAAGAAGAAAGAAAAAAGAAAGCAAGAAAGAAAAAAGAAAAGACAGUUUGGGGCUUUGUGCACACACACACACACACACACACACAGCAUGAGUGACGGGCCGUCAGUGUGCAGCAGCCUCGUUUCCUCCAGAGCGAAAACACUCUGACGCGCACUCAUGUUUACCUGCUCGGAUGUUUUUGCAUGAGCGGUGACGCCUCACGAGUAACAGGAAUUGAUUUGUGCGCAGUUUGCAGUGCGCCGACUUUGCGUUGCUCGUCCUGUCCGCUCUGAUCGUACCGUGAUGCCAUGAUAGGGGCGUAAUCUCUUGCGCACUUUCUAAAAAAUAAUGUCACGCUGCUCAGUGAUGCGCCGGAGGUGAGGCUGCUGCUGCUGCUGCUGCUGCUGAUGCAGAGGCAGGCAGGCUGGCUGGAUGUGGAUGCGGGGGCAGGUUCUCUGCACAUUUGACUGACACGCUGACUGUUAUUAAUCGAAGGCACGUUAAUAAAGUGCUGGGAGAACAGAUGGAACAGGUAGCCAAACGUGUAACAUGACAGAAGGAAAAGCACUGGAAAGCCCAAAUUCCCACAGCUUUAUACACAGCCGAGCGGAGGAUGAAUUUGAACAUGACACUCCUCUCCUCCGCUGCAGUGAGGGGUCCUACACUUGGAUGAACUGGGGGAGGAGAGAGCACAGCGAGGCUGUCAUGUAAGCCGUCUCCACUGGGGCCACCUCUUGGUGCACAUUGCUUCCUGCCUCAGGUAGAAGCCUCAGUGUUUCUGCUGCUGAGGCGUCAGGCUGCUAUCUCUCUCUCUCUCUCUCUCUCUGUCUCUCUCUCUCCCUCUCCUCUCAACUCCCUCCUGCUGAGAAGGCAACAGAUCCACUCUCAAAGCACUGAAAUGGAGAAGAGCUGCUCAGAGUGCACAGAGCCGACACUUGCUCAGAGUCUGUGUACGCUCUGCAACAAGUGGUUGUGUUACCAGUGCACUGAUGUGCAUCAGCAUCACAGAGCCUCUACCACUUCGCAGUACGCAGACUCGCACCAGCAACAGAGGCCCAGUACCACCCAGUGUCCUGACCUGCACCAGAGAGGCUCCAGCACGUUGCCUCCUACUGGACAAGGCCCAGGGUCAUAUCCUUGUUCCCUCCUCAUGUGCCACUCUCACAGACAGGAGCCCUUGGAGCUUUUUUGUGAGUCAUGUGACCUUCUGUGCUGUAGCAGCUGUCACCUGUCCUCCCACAAAAACCACAGGGUGAUGCAGAUCGGGAAGGCCCUGCAGGAUCAGCAGUGGCUGUUUGAGAGCCUGAUGGUGCAGGUGGAGGAGAGGAGGUCUGCUGUGGAGAACAAUGCCAAACAGAUAGAGGACAGACUUCAUGGAGUAAAGAUUGCACACAGGAAGGCAGAGAACCAGAUUAAAAUGGCAAAGAUGAUUAUGAUGAACGAGCUUAACAAACGAGCCAACCUAUUAAUAGAGCAACUGGAGAAGAUUUCGGAGGGUUUCCAGCAGCGUCUGGAGGACCAGCUGCAAGGGGCAAUAGAGAUAUGUGGCCAGCUGGACCACAUUCAGAAGUUCAUCACCUGGGCUUCGACCCAUCACUGCAGAGGUCCGGUGCUCUUCAGCAGGGCUCUGAUUUCUCUUCAGAUGCAGCAGCUGCUUGAAGCAUCUCUCCACUCAGACUCUUGGAGUCCUGUCAAGAUCAAAUUCAACUGGGAUGCCAGCUACUGGACGAAGCAGAUUUCUUCUUUAGGCCAGCUGACUGUUGAGGGGGGAAACUGCACAUAUCCUCCGGGGUUGGCCUGCUCCAGCAUUAUGAGACCACAGCCCAUCACCUGCUUGGCUCUGCCUCCUGUGUUUCACAGAGGACGAGAGCCAGGCUGUGGGUACCAGGCCUGCUGUGAGCCCCAGAUGUGCUGCCUACACGGCAUUCCCUCUCAGCCAGAUCAUCCAAGUCUGGACAAAAGCCAGCUGGACGCUACACUUUAUAACUCCAGCUGUGCUCAGCCUGCUCUUAUUUCCGCCUCUCUGCAGCAAAGCCAGUCGCUCCAGAGGUGCUGGGACAUGGAGAGCUCCUUGCAAUGCCCUCCCCCUACAUCACCUGUCAUCCAGCUCAACUGCAGCCGAGGAUCUGCAUCUCAGGCACAAGCUGCUGACUCCCAACCCCACUCUCAGUCAUAUCUGUCUUAUCACCAACACCAGAGAGAAGUUCUUCCAGACAGCCAGGCUCAGCUAAGCGCAGACCGGGGCAGGCAAGGCCAAUAUCAGGGGAAGCUGUCGACCAGCGAAACUCUGCAGCAGGAGAUCAGCCACACGGUUGUGGACAGAGAUGUGAUGACUGAAGAGAGCUGGGAGGAGAGGUGUAGAGUGGAGGAGGCUUGUGGACAGACAGCAGUGGUUGAAAGCAGAGAGCUGUUGGAGGAGGACCUGCAGCAGGAGAGGAGGAAGCAGAGUCCUGCCCAACAACAGCAGCAGCUUCAGGCUUCUUUAGCAGCUGAGCUGAGAAAAGAGCAGCAGAGGACCAGACCUGCACUGAUGCUCAGAGACCACAGAGAUGGCCGGAGAUCCACAUCCCUGGAGGUGUCGGUGACAACCCGCGAGUGUGUGUCUGAUGCUCAGAGCAGCAGGCUCAACCCCAGCUCGGUGUGCUCGAGGAGGAAGAGACGCUCCCAGAGCAUCCCGACAGAACUGGCAGCCCCUUCCACCAGCCCCUACACCGAAAGGCCCACAGGAUGCACUAACAGCGUAGAGGCAGGAGCUGCAACUAAGUAUGACAUUAUGGAUCCCAGACAGAGGAGAGCUUCAGAUGGAGUACUUUGUGUUGUCAAAGAAACAUUAUCUGACGUGACCCCAUCCAGAGGACACAUGUCUCCUUUAUUGUCCUAUAAGACGGAGCCAGAUCAUCCCUUCACUUCUGUAAAUGAAGAGGUUUGUCAUGAAGCCAAGGAGAACUGCAGAGUGUCGAGAAACAGCCACAGCAGUUUGAGGGAUGUACAGAAGGAGUCAGGAAGGCCAAAAGUUCCAGUGGUUUGCUUAGAGCGUCUCAAAAUACUCGUGUCUCAGCUGCCACCACAUGGACGAAGACAGAGCGACCCUUUACCUUCCAGCGGGACGGACGGCAGCGGCACUCCAUCUCAGCAGAGAACCUGGCAUGAAGGAAUGCACGAGGGGAUAUCUAGAGGCUCAGAGACUAGGAGGACCACCCGCUCGCUCACUGCGCCACCAUAUGCAGAGCGACCAACUCGUAAUCAGUCUACCGCACACUCAAUCAGCAGUGACUUUGACAGCCACAGCAACAGAGGGAGCCUCAGCUCUCAUAAAACACCCACACUGCCCUCCACUGACUCUAAAUAUGUGCCACAGAAUUACACUGUUCCACUGUAUCCAGACUCUGACUCUGAUCCCAGGUCGGUCUCAGAGGAUGCAGCUGUUUCUCAGGCGGAUCCUGACCUACAGCUGGACUCGGAUACAUCACCCGAUUCCGACCCGAAUGCACAAUCUUCAUCUGAGGCCGAACUUGAGUGUCUUGGUGUGGAGGAAUCAGCUGCUGCAGGAGAGAUGAGGCUGUGUGAGGAUUCAGAGCCAAGUCUUGAAUAUGAGGCAGAGGCAGAAUCAGAUGCAGGAGCAGGAUCUGGAUCAGGAUCAGAAGAAGGUCAAGGGCUGGACGCUGAUGCAGAAUCAGGCGAUGCUGAAACCGAGUCUGACAUCCAGCCUGAGUAUGACCCCACCUUUCAGGCUGAGAUUGAUUCUGAUGCCGUGUCCGAUCCGCCUCCAGAUUGUCACGGCUCUGUGGAGUCUGAGCUCGACGUAGAAUCGGACGCCGAGCCAACAACCGACGACCCACAACCACUUCGGUCUGACCUGGACGAGGACAUCGGUCCUGGUCAGAGGCCACUUCUGAUUGCAAACCCUCAGAGGAGCACAGAGGAAGUCCAGAAUGAGCAGGACAGUGCAGAGAUGGAGAGCGAGGACUUCUGUGCCGUGUGUCUCAUCGGAGGCGACCUGUUGUGCUGUGACCGCUGUCCAAAAGUCUUCCACCUGUCUUGUCACAUCCCAUCCCUGCUGAGUUUCCCCUCAGGUGACUGGGUGUGCAGCCUUUGCAGAGAUGCUGUGUUGCCAGAGGUCGAAUACAACUGUGAAAAUGCGAGAGGAGCUGGACACACAUCAGAACGUGGACUGUCUGCAUGUGACCAGAGAAAAUGUGAAAGGCUGACUCUUCUGAUCCUCAGUAAUAUCCUGAGUGCUCCCUUCCAUGAGCCUGUCAGUCCACUUGCACGCCAUUACUACCAGAUCAUCAAGAGGCCAAUGGACCUGUCUGUGAUCAGAACCAAACUCAAUAAGGCGAACACCCGACAUUAUAACUCACCAGAUCAGUUUGUCGCUGAUGUGUAUCUCAUGUUUCGCAACUGUGCAAAGUUUAAUUAUCCUGACUCUGAGGUGGCCCAAGCAGGCCGCAGCCUCGAGACAUUCUUCACCUCCAAGCUGAAAGAGGUUUUCCCAGACAGAGUUUUCUCUGUGACUGAAGCAGAUUCUGACAGCGAUGAGUACGAUGAGGCCUACAGGACCGCUGAGGGUGGUUUUCCCUGGCCAGAGAGGAGGGAGCAAUGCCACAGGAAGAGGAAGAGGAGACAGUCUCUGAAGUCGAGGAGACAUCACUUCUAACCAGAGGUGAAUGGAGUGCAAUCAUGGUCUCAAAAAAUGCUGUUUUUUUGUGUGUAAUUAUGCUGUUUUUGUCUAGCAGCCUGUGGGACUGCAGCAGUGUUGCCAGUCUGUAAUCUAAAAUUAGCUCCAUGUUGUGGUUUGGAGUAAUAUGGCAGUGCUGCCAUCUGAUGGCAGCUAAACAAACUGAAACAACACUUCUAAUAUUUGAAGUUCUACCUAUUGAAGGAGCAAUUUUUAUUUCUGCAGACUGAUCAGAGGAGCAGAGAAAAGUGAAGUGUAGGCCUCAGGCUACAUAUCUGGAACUCUUUGGAUGUCAUACAGAGUUUGCUCAGUCACUUGUGCAGCCAUAAAGCACAUUAAAGUAGCGAGGUGAAGCUGUAGUAGUUACUUUAUCAUAUCAUAUUUUGGCCAGUGAUGAUUCGCAGCAUAUGCACUGCACUGCUUACUGUUUUAUGUGGUAACAUCAAUACCUUACAUACCUUAUGUCAUAUGCUUUAUUGGAUGCUGUAGUUGGAUGUUUAUUAAUCUCACUUUGCAUCUCUUUGCAUAAAUGGACUUCUGUACUUUUUUUAGGCAAACAUAGCCCCGACUAUACACUGUACUUUAAUGUUGGUAAAUUCUGUGUUUACCAUAUUCAUAGAUGUUUAACAUAUUUAUACCCAUGUAACUGUAUAGAACUUUAUUUUACUAUAUUUGUCCUUUUAAUUACUAAAUGAUUGCAGGCAAUUAUCUUAGGUUUGAUUAUUGAUAUAAUUAUUUGUAUCAGUAGCUUUUUUUUUUUGAAAAGCAGCAGCAAAUUGUGUCCGCUUUGUCUUUUUGAACAGAGUAAUUCAGAACGUGAGGUACUACAGCCAGUGUUAAGGCUCAACAGGGCAAAGGUAAUAUCAGAGGAUAUACUAUCCUCAUUAAACAAUCCAAGAAAAUGUCAAUUUUACAUUUAAACUUAAAUUCCAUUUGUGCAUACAUUAUCUUUCACCAGUGUUUCAGCAAAAUCUUGUACUCUUCUAUUAAUUAAAUAUCUCAGGCGUAAUUAAAGUGUAGGGUAUUGAUAUCAUUCAGUAUUGGUUAUUUUAAAAAUGUCCUCAGUAUUUGUAGAGCCAUACUGUUGAAAGGAAAUGUGUCAUUUUAUAAUAAUGCUGUAGCCUCUUUAUACACAACCAAUUGCUAUUCCCAGUUUUUAAAUAUACUGUAUUUGCUUCAUGCAGCUUAAAAUAGACUUUGCUUGGCUUUUACGGUAAUUACUGCACAAAAGAGAAGUGAAUGUACAGGACAUGUAACGUUACUUCUUUUCAAAUCAGUAGGAGUAAUAAUGUUUCCGAUUGUAUCAGGGAAGACUGAUAAACUAUAGUUAUUGUCACUGUUUCAAGAGAGCAGGUUCAAGUUUUCUUUUGUUGUUUUCUUUCUUUAUGUUUUGUCUUUUUAUUUUUACUGUAACAGCCAGCGAUACAUGCACAUAUCUUAAUAUCAAUAAAAUGCAUUCAAGAGAAA